AUGAGCUCUUCAAAUAAUGAUAUCCAGAUGAACCGCAAGGAUAUGGACGAAAGCGAGGAACCCUUCUUGCCCGCUCCCGUUCAAACUAGAGAGAAGCAGCAUCCUUUGCCUCUGAUUGCAGCUGUGGUCAGUUUCUAUUUCAUUAUCUCCCUCUCGGUGGUGUUUCUCAACAAGAUCAUCCUCAGUGGAUCAAGCGAUUUCCCUUACGCUCUUUUUGUCACUUGGUAUCAACUCGUGGUGGCUUUGGUCCUUUUGUUGGUAUGGGCACAGCUCGGUAAAAGCAACAAGCUCUUUAGCAUCAUCCCACCUUAUGAGUUCAAUAUGGUGAUCGCCAAGAGAGUUGCACCCUUGACUUUUGUCUAUGUUGGCAUGUUGGUGUUGAACAACUUGUGUUUGAAGUACGUCGAGGUUACCUUUUAUCAAGUUGCCAGAUCAUUGUCCAUCAACUUUACUAUCUUAUUCACUUAUGUGAUCCUUGGAAAGAAGACAUCUACACCUGCUUUGGUCGCCUGUUUUAUUGUAUUUUUGGGCUUCGUUAUCGGUUCAUAUGGUGAAAUCAAUUUUUCUUGGGCUGGUGUUGUGUACGGCGUCGGCUCAUCUGCUUUUGUCGCUCUUUAUGGUAUCUAUGUCCAAAAGACUUUGGCAGCUGUAGAUAACAAUCAAUGGAAAUUGCUUCAUUACAACACCACGCUUGCCAUCAUUUUCCUCUCUCCUCUUUUGUUGCUUUCCGGUGAGAUUAGCGAGAUUGUAUCCACAUCAGAUAUUAUUUAUACAUUCAACUUUUGGAUCCUUAUGACUAUUACUGGUAUUACCGGUUUUGGUAUCAAUAUCGCCAUGUUCUUGCAGGUCAAGUAUACAUCCGCUUUGACAAAUACUAUCAGCGGUACUGCAAAGUCUUGUGUCCAAACAGUUUUAGCAGCCAUGAUCUUCCAAAAUCCUAUCUCUGGCUUAAAUGGUCUUGGUAUCUUUUUGGCCUUGGUGGGAUCAGGUUACUAUGGUUGGGUUCGUUAUCAAGAAAGAAUUGCAUCAAAAUAG